GUCAGACACACACACACACACACACACACACACACACACACACACACACACACACACACACACACACACAGAGAGAGAGAGAGAGAGAGAGAGAGCUGAUGUGUACACAACACUGAGUGGAACUCACUCGGACUGUCUCCAGCUCUUUUCUUCACUUUCGGAUGAUAAUUGGGUGGAGCUCGUAAACACACACAGUACAAGAAUGGGAAACAGCUCAGCUAAACUGAAUCCCUUCAUACAUGUUAAUGGCUCAGCCAAAUCUAAGCUCAACACUGAGCCAAGUGGUGGUCCUCAGCGCCUCAAAAUGAAGGUGGAGGAGUUGGAGAGCCAGGUGAAGAAGAAGGAUGAAGAACUGAGUGUCCAGCAGCAUCAGAUCAAACAGCUGGAAGAGCAGCUGGCCCAGAAUAACCAAGUCAUUGCUGACAUCUCAGAUGCUUUGAGAACUAAAUGUCUCCAGCUCAGCAGUCUACAGGAAGCUCUGAAGAAACAGCGAGAUUUGGAACUCAUGAAUUCACCCACUGAGGCGAGUCAGAGACUCAGCGGCCUGCUGCGAGAGACACUCAACAAGAGAAAAGGAGCCAAAGCUGGGGUUUCUGCAGAACCGUCAUCCAGGACGUAUGACUCGAGUAGCCUGCCCAAGUUCUACUUUGAGAGUGCACGAGUGUGGAAAGAGCCAAGUGUGAAGAAGUUCCUAACAGAUGCCUUGAAUAAGAACCGAUAUCUGAAGAGGCUGGAAGGACAGCAGCUUAGAGACAUGGUUGAGUGCAUGUAUGAGAAAACAUACCAAAAAGGAGAGUAUGUCAUCAAGCAAGGUGAGGCGGGGAAUCACCUGUUUGUGCUGGCAGAUGGCAACCUGGAUGUCUAUCAGAACAAUAAACUGCUCACGUCAAUCGCAGUAUGGACAACAUUCGGUGAAUUAGCCAUUUUAUAUAACUGCACUCGGACUGCAUCCGUUAAAGCGGCCAGUAAUGUCAGAACCUGGGUUCUUGACCGGGAGGUCUUUCACAACAUCAUGCGAAUGACUGCUGAGGCAAGACAUGAGCAGCACCGCAACUUCCUCAGAAGUGUUUCACUUUUGGCCAACCUUCCAGAAGACAAACUGACUAAGAUUGUUGACUGCCUGGAGGUGGAGUAUUAUGACAAAGGCGACUAUGUGAUCCGGGAGGGAGAAGAAGGAAACACAUUCUACAUCAUUGCCAAUGGAAAGAUUAAAGUAACCCAAAGCACUAAGGAUCAUGAGGAGCCCCAGGUCAUCAAUACUUUACAGAAAGGUGAUUACUUUGGAGAAAAGGCCCUCAUUAGUGAUGACGUCAGGUCAGCUAAUAUCAUAGCAGUUGAGGAUGGUGUUGAAUGCCUCGUCAUUGACAGGGAAACAUUCACUCAAACUGUUGGCACCUUUGAUGAACUUAAGAAAUAUCUUCAAGGCUAUGUUGAGACUUUAGCCCGUGAUGACAAGAAGAGAAAUGCAAAGAGGUCAAGAAGCAGUACUCCCAACUCUCCUUUAUCCAGUGAUCAGGUGCAGCUAAAAGAGAAAGACUUUACUUCCUCGCUUUCCUUCAGGAACCUGGAGAUCAUCACUACUCUAGGAGUAGGGGGCUUUGGUAGGGUUGAACUGGUUAAAGUCAAGAAUGAAAAUAUGACCUUCGCACUGAAGUGUAUUAAGAAGCGUCACAUUGUGGACAACAGACAGGAAGAACACAUUCACUCGGAGAGGAGAAUCCUGAGUGAGACCUGCUCCCCUUUUAUUGUCAAAAUGUACCGUACAUUUAGAGACAACAAGUUUGUAUACAUGUUGCUGGAGGCAUGUCUGGGUGGAGAGGUCUGGAGUCUGCUGAGAGACAGGGGAAGCUUUGAUGAGAACACUGCCAAGUUCUGUGUGGGGUGUGUUACUGAAGCUUUUGAGUACCUACACAAAAAAGGAAUAAUUUACAGGGACCUAAAACCUGAGAACCUCAUGUUGGACUCAGAUGGAUACGUAAAACUGGUUGACUUUGGUUUUGCGAAGAAGAUCAGGUGUGGCCAGAAGACAUGGACGUUCUGCGGGACUCCUGAGUAUGUCGCACCUGAGAUCAUUCUGAAUAAAGGCCAUGGCCUCAGUGUGGACUUUUGGUCUCUGGGAAUCCUAAUCUUUGAACUCCUGACUGGAAGCCCUCCCUUCACUGGCUCAGAUCAGAUGAUAACGUACACUUUCAUUCUGAAAGGCAUGGAGAAGAUGGACUUCCCAAAGAAGAUCACAAAAAGGCCUGGUGAUCUCAUUCGAAAGCUCUGCAAACAAAAUCCUUCAGAGCGUCUUGGGAAUAUGAAGAAUGGAAUAACAGAUAUCAAGAAGCACAGGUGGUUUACUGGCUUCAGCUGGAGUGGACUGAAAGAGAGGAGUUUGUCAUCACCGCUGAAAAGAGAGCUGAAAGGACCAACAGACCACAGCUACUUUGACAACUAUCCACCUGAAGAUGAAAUUCCUCCUGAUGAACUUUCUGGAUGGGACAUAGACUUUUAACAACCUCUCCUUCCCCUCCUUUACAUACCUCAGUGUGAACAAGGUCAAAACUCCUACAUCAUCCUUUUUCCCCAACCACAAAGCCAGCAGAAACCCAGAGUAUGGCACAACAUUCUCUGACAAAGCACAGCCUUGAGUGCGGGCCAUAUUUGUGCUGGAGUAGGUGGCAGUGUGGAGGAGGAAGAACCAGCUGGGAAUGUGGCAUUCGAAAAGAACUAGGCCAGUGUUAUUUGGACGAUGAUGUUAGUAACCCUGUUCAGUGUUAUUAAGUAAUUUUAUCCUGUUUAUCUGCCCGUUUACGGAGAUGGGCCGAUCGUAACUGCUGGGUAAAGUACACCACAGAGUUCUCCGAAGAACAUUGCCCAAGAGGUUUUAUUGUGUUUAAAUUGCAGACUUUGAACAGCAAAGAAAAUGAUGUGAAACCAGAAGAAAUAUUUACCUUUUUUUGACCUGGAGAACCAAGAAGGUGAGAUGUGGCUGCUUUUGGAAGCAGCGAUGAGCCAAGUGCUGAACUUGUGAACUCACAAACCGAAUGUGGGUGUGAACUCCAGUGAUGUGGCUUCAAACUCAGACCACAGAAGAUGAGCUCAGCUGCUGAUUUUUUUUUUGUCAUUUGAAUGGACUUGUAACCGCUGAGAAACUGUGUGUAGAGCCUGGAAGGUGCUAUUUCAGAUUCACCUUGCCCUUGCACUUGAGCCAAACCCACAUUCUAAUAAGCUUUGUGCACAUCUAUAAAUGUUCUUAGAUUCAUAUGUCAGUUAAUAUUAGGACAUACUGUAAUGAGGUUAUCUGGUUUAUAUUUUAUCUUGAUAUAUAGUUCUCAGUAUUACUUAAUUGACUGAUAAAAUUCAUAAUAAAAAAUAAAUCAGAUCAGUGGAACAUAGAACUUUAUUGAUGGACUGUCCAAAAGAAGGCGAACAGAAACAAACUUUCAGUCAGUAACUACAAACGCAUUUACAUUUUUCAUGUGAAGGCUUUCCUUGUCUGGAAAGAAAAACUGACAAGAUAUGCAACAUACAGAAAAUAAAUAAAUGCAUUUCAAGCUCAUUUCCAUAUACAAAUAUAAUUUCUUAUGAAGCUUAUUAUACAAGCACAACCUUACACCUAAAUCAUUUACACAAUAGAUUACAUAGUAUACUAUAGGAAGCCUUUCUGUAAAAAUAUAUUAUACAAAUAUUGAAGGAGUGCUCUGUUUUUUGCUAUUUUUGUGUUAUAUAUUAAGGUAAUUGCUCACUUUUACAUAUAUUUUUCUUUAAUCUGCAUAUGUUGCAUGUGUACAAAAUGUCAAACCUGAAAAUACACAUUUAUUAACAUGCAUUAGAAAAGAGGCUAGCGUUAGUUCGGUGUAAAUAUAAGAAGUUGAAGGAAAUGAACAAAAUGAUUGAACAAAUAUUUUGUCACAUUUAUAGACAAAUACAAAGUGAAACCUCAUUUUAAACAGAUGUAAAAUACUUUUUUGGAAGGCACUUUUGAGAACCAUAUCAUAUGUACAAAUACAUAGGCCUGGAUAUGUUUUCAUAUGCUUUAUCAUUAGUAUACUUCUUUAUUGGUGACUUGGCAUAUUGAAGUUUAUUCCACAUUUUCAAGGAAAACUUAGUGACCUUUAUUUGCUCAAUCUGUAAAUAAGGAUCUCCAAAAAUGUCCUGAAAACAUGUCUUGGCACGAAGUUUACAAUAAUAGUGACAGACAGAGGUUUGCUUGUAAGCAUUUUCUGAAACUUGGGUAAAUUGCAACUCCUUGAUAAAUCAAUGUAUUCUGAGCCAAAAUAGUGGUUUUGUGGUAUUUACAGAAAAAAGCACGAUAACAUUAAUGGCCCCAUGUUAUUACACAAUAUGAAGUCAACAAGGGCACUUGGUCAGUACGUACACUGUAGCUCAGACUGAGAUCAGACUGAAAGGAAGCUACAUGCGGCCUCUCAUUGUGGUCUGUGCGCAAACUCUAUCAAUAAAAACAAAUAUUGCUUAAUUUUUUAAAUUUAUUUAUCAUGCUAAGUUAUGUCUUUAAGGUACUUUGUUGAACAGUCUACAGCAAAUGGUGCUUGUGAGUAGCGUACUAAAUCACUCAUUUACAAUGCUGCUGAUAAAUGCAUCAACAUACUGAGUUCAGAAACAAAAUAUUUUGGCAUUAAAAUAUAUCUCUUUUAUAUAGCAGCAAUAGAUAAGAAUGUUAAGAGUAAAUUGAUUAUACAUAUAGUAAAUGUGACAUAAUAGUAACAGCUUAAUAGUGAAAGAAAGAAAAAAACUGUACAAAUUCAUAUUUUCGUUCAUCACUACAUCCUCAACACACAAAAAUCUACACAUCCAAAGAGAACAGAAGAA